CCUCUCCUCUCUUCUCCUGCCGCCGGCUCCGCGUCUCUUGGCGGCGCUCCCAGAUUCCUGCCCCCGGCCGGAGAUUGGCUGCGAGGCGAGCGGAGCGGGCCCGUCGGGGCGCGCGUUGCUCUCCAGCCUUGGCAGCGGCGGCCGGGAAGGCGAGCCGCCUCCGCUCCGCUUCGCCCCUCCUCUCCUCCUCCUCCUGCUGCUUCUCCUCCUGGGCUCGCCUCCCCUCCGCUCCAGCGGCUCCCUCGGCCGCCUCGCGCGCAGCUUUCCGCGGGGCGCCCCGUAGGGGCCAGGCGAGAGGCGCGCCGCGCUCCUCCGCGCCGGGCUUGGCCUGCGGGCCGCGGGAUGCCAAGAUGCCCUGGCGGGGGCUCGCCGUGCUGUGGCUGCUGGCGCUGGGCUGGCCGGGCGCCGCCGACGCCGCUUCUGCCGCCGCCGCCUCGUCGUCGUCGGCGGGCCCCUCGGAGCGGACGGCGCUGGCGCGGGAGCGCUUCAAGGUGGUCUUCGCCCCGCUCAUCUGCAAGCGGACGUGCCUGAAGGGCCAGUGCCGCGACAGCUGCAAGCCGGGCAGCAACAUGACCCUCAUCGGAGAGAACGGGCACUCCAUGGACACCCUCACGGGCUCCGGCUUCCGCGUGGUGGUUUGCCCUCUGCCCUGCAUGAACGGUGGGCAGUGUACAUCUGGGAACCAUUGCUUGUGCCCUCCAGAGUUCACAGGGCGAUUCUGCCAAGUGCCAGCCGGCCGCCAGAGCCAAAGCCAGCAGGCCCGACUGCCCAGUGAGGGCCUUGCCAUGGAGACGGGCUCCAGCAAGCACGCCAUCUAUGCAGUCCAGCUCAUCUCGGACGGCCACGGGGACACGGCCUCUGGGCCCGGCUCGAAAGGCACCAUCAGCCACUCCACCUUCAUGGUGCCUCUGGGCCCUGGACAACAUUCAUCCGAAGUUCAGGUGCACCAGCCGCUGGUCAAUGUCCGGGUACAUCACCCCCCGGACGCCUCAGUGCAAGUCCACCGGAUCGACAGCCUCAGCUCGGAGGGAAGUGGACCAGGCAGCCAGCAACACCUGAUCCAGCACCCUGCUCCCAAGCCCGCUUAUACCAGGCCCCCCACCCAGAAGCCCCUAGGACGGUGCUUUCAGGAAACGAUGCCUAAACAGUCGUGUGGAAGCAACCCUCUCCCGGGCCUCACCAAGCAAGAAGAUUGCUGCGGCAGCAUCGGCACCUCCUGGGGGCAGAAUAAAUGCCACAAGUGCCCCCACUUGCAAUACUUGGGGGUGCAGAAAACGCUGGGGAGUGACUGCCCACAGGGAUACAAGCGACUGAACAGCAGCCAUUGCCAAGACAUCAACGAGUGUGCCAUGCAAGGAGUCUGCCAGGGGGGCGAAUGCUUGAACACCCACGGGAGCUUCCGCUGCGCAUGCAAGCCAGGACAUGUCCUGGGGCCUUCGCGGACCCAUUGUGUGCCGGAGAAGGCUGGGGAGAAGAGUUUGUGCUUCCGACUGGUGAGCCCUGAGCACCUAUGCCAGCACCCACUGCCCACCAAGCUCACCCGCCAGACUUGCUGCUGUAGCGUGGGCAAGGCCUGGGGGGCGCGUUGUGAGCGCUGCCCAGCCGACGGAACCGCUUCUUUCAGAGAGAUCUGCCCUGCAGGAAAAGGCUACCAUAUCCUCACCUCACACCAGACUCUGACGAUCCAAGGCGAGAGUGAUUUCACACUCCAGAUCCACCCAGACGGCAACACAGACCUGCAGCAACAACAACCCGUGGAGCCGCCCACCCGCCCACCUGUGGGCAGCGACUCGCAGGAGCCAGAAGUCAUAACUCCAGCCAUGUUGCCCAGCUAUGUGACAACCUCAGAGCAGCAGCCCGUCUUCUUUGCCAACACCCCCACCUUCGGACCCCGUUACCCUGCUGUGAUCGCCAAGCCUACGACCGCCGUUGUGGUGAAAUAUCCCGAAGAGGACAAGAACGUGAGCGAAUUUGACAUGCCCCCCACGCAGGUGACAGAGACGGACAUUUGUAAACUGAGACGCAACAUUUGCGGCCACGGCGAGUGCAUCCCUGCAAGCCCCGGCUACACCUGCCAUUGUUACCAAGGAUACCGCAGGCAUCCCCAGCACAGGUAUUGUGUAGAUGUGAAUGAGUGCGAGCUGGAUCCUUGCGGUGGUAGCGGGAAGGGCGUUUGCAUGAACACCGGCGGCUCCUACAACUGCCACUGCAACCGUGGCUACCAGCUGAAGGUCCACAAGGGAGUGCGGUCCUGCGUGGAUAUUGAUGAAUGUGCCAAGCCCAAAGUCUGUGGGGACGGGGGAUCCUGCAUCAAUUUCCCAGGACACUACAAGUGCGAGUGCCAUGCAGGCUACCGACUCAAGCCCUCCCGCCAGCUCCUCUGCGAAGAUAUUGAUGAGUGUCUUGACCCUGGAACAUGCCCCGAUGGGAAGUGUGAAAACCGGCCUGGCAGCUACAAAUGCAGCCCCUGCCCGCCAGGCUUCCGGGGUCGAAAUGGUGUGUGUGGAGGUAAGAAACAAGGCCUGAGCCCUGCCUUUGCUAGACUUUGCUGGGCUCAGCCUCUUUUUAUCAUGGGCAGGCCAGCCCUGCUCUUCACCACCCACUCUGUAAACAACGGCCCGGCUGUAAGAAUGAUGGCUCUUCCUUCAUCGCCUCUUGUGACGGGACAGGAUCUUGUCCCUGCACCCGAUUCCCACAGCUGUCUUGAUAUCAACGAAUGUGAGAAUGGGUCUCUCUGUACCUAUGGUUCCUGUGUGAACACCCUGGGAUCCUUCAAGUGCCAGUGCCCUGUGGGUUUCCAGGCCGUGAAGGAUGAGCCACGCUGUGAAGACCUGAAUGAGUGCGACUUCCCGGCAGCCUGUGUUGGUGGCGAGUGCCUGAACACCUUGGGCUCUUACCAGUGCCUGUGCCGGGCUGGCUACCAGUUGGAAGGUGGUCGGAAGUGCCAAGAUGUUGACGAGUGUGCGAAAGACCUUGACCUCUGCCAGCCGCACGGGGCCUGCGAAAACACCGAGGGGUCCUUUGUGUGCGUUUGUGAUGAUGGAUUUGCUCCUUCUGAAGACCAACAGAGCUGCGAGGAGCUGCCACACAACAAAAAGGAGUGCUACCUGAACUUUGACGACACCGUUUUCUGCGACAGUGUCCUCGCCACCAACAUUACCCGCCAGGAGUGCUGUUGCUCGCUUGGGGCAGGCUGGGGAGACCAUUGCGAAAUCUACCCUUGCCCUGUGCUCAAUUCUAUUGAGUUCCACACACUCUGCCCAGAUGGCAAAGGCUUCAUUCUGGAUGACACCAUCCUCAACUAUGGCAUCCCAGCACAUCGUGACAUCGAUGAAUGCGCCUUAUUUGGGGAGGAGAUCUGCAAAGAAGGGAAGUGUGUCAACACCCAGCCUGGCUACGAAUGUUACUGCAAGCAAGGCUUCUACUACGAUGCAAACCUCUUGGAAUGUGUUGAUGUGGAUGAGUGUUUGGACGAGUCAAACUGUGUCAAUGGGCGUUGUGAGAACACGCGCGGGAGCUUCCGCUGCUCCUGCCCUGCCUCCACCACCUAUGACUCCAACCGUAAGAAGUGCAUACCGGCCAGUGAAGUUGAUCUGGAUGAGUGCCAGGACCCCAGGGUCUGCAAACUUGGGCACUGCACCAACACCAUCGGCUCAUUCUCCUGCGAAUGCCCGCCUCCCUUGACCUUGGACCCCAGUGGCAAGGAGUGCCAGCUCCCAGAGACACAAGCAGACAGGGUGACCGACCUUCGCGACGUCUGCUGGCAGCAGAGAGGGGAGGACGGGAUGUGCUCCUCUCCGUUCAAUGGCCAGCAGCUGAGCUACGAGGAAUGUUGUUGCCGCUACGGCAAAGGCUGGGGCUACCACUGCCACGCCUGCCCACUGCGUGGCUCAGGCCUUAACUGCCAGUCCACUCCAAGUGAGAGCAACUCGUUUUGGGACUUCAGCGCUUUGUUUGGCAAGGUGCACAAAGAUGCGGACAGCUCCGAAGAGGAUUCCGAUGAAUGCCGCUGUGUGAAUGGCCACUGCGUCCGCACCCAGCAGGGCCUGGUCUGCGAGUGCUCCCCGGGCUUCCAGCUCGAUGCCAGCCAUACCCGCUGUCUGGAUAUUGACGAGUGCCUGGAGCUCAAUCACCGAGGGCUUCUGUGUAAAACCGAACGCUGCGUGAACACCAGUGGCUCCUACCGCUGUGCCUGCAAGUUGGGCUACGUCCGCUCUCGGCCCCAUGGGAUCUGCAUCCCCCAGCGCCAGCGGUAGCGGGAUGAAGUGGGGAGAGUGAAGGAGAGAGUGCGGCUGUAAGGAGGCCAGUGCCCUCCCUCCUGCUCUGGCGACCUCUUGGCUGCCUGCUUCCGGAAACUGUAUAGUGGGCUAGGAGGACAUUUUUGUCUGGAACCAAAAAGGCAUUUCUGACAUUCUUGAGGACUCUUUUUUGUUUGUUUGUUUGUUUGUUUUUGUACCGGCUACAAUGAAGGGGCAUUGAUUUGAUGUUUUGUUAUAUAGGCUGGCUCCCCUGUCCCCCGUUUUACGCUCCCCAACCCACCAGAUAUUUAUCAUUAGGGUUAAAAAAAACUGCAGUUGGUUUGCACUUGUUUCUGUAGGCUUCAGAAAUAAAACUCCUUUUUUUUUGUACAUAAUCGAUGUUGGUGGGGGUAGGGUGGGGGAAACAAACAAGUUUCAAAGUUAAUCAGCCAAUUAAAAAAAAGAAAAGGGAGGAA